AUGAAAGGAAAAUUAGUAUAAUCCUUAAUUAAUUUAAUUCCAAAUUAACAUUAGGAAACAUUGAUUAAAUGUGUGUUUAUAAUUGGAUUCGAUAAGCUAAUAAAAAAGGGUUUUCUAAUUAAUGGUAAACCAAAAAUACAAGAAAUAAUAGAUUAUUCAAGUAAAUUAAAUAUUUAUAUAGAUAAAAUAUAAGCAACUGGUAGAUUAGGUUUUUCUUAAAUACCUUGUGAUGUAAGAUAAGAAUUGGAUCAUUUAAAAGAUGAGAUAAAUAAGUUGACGUAGUAAAUACAAUAUAACAAUUCGAUAAUGUAAUUUUGUGAUGUAUUUUAGAUAAAAGCAGACAUAAAGAAGUCAUGAUAGAUUAUAAAUUUAAAGUGUUUCUCCACAAUAUGAUGAUAGAAAAAGAUCUGCAUCAGUUGGAUAUAAGUAAUAAUAAUUAUUGAUUUAAAAAAAAACUAAAGAAAUAACUCCUAAAAUCACGGAAACGAUACCAUAAACAAUAAAUUAAAUAAACAUUACUAUUUCUAAACAUCAUUUGGAUGAUACAGAGAUUAAAUCAAUAAUGAGAGAUAAUUUAAUUAAAGAAAAACCUCCUAAGCCUCAAAAGAUGAAUUAAGAUUAGCUUUUCAAAAAAAAUAAUUAGAUUGAAUAUUAGCAUAUAGAUACAGAUGAACAUAAUACAUAUGAAGAUUCUGAGAAUGCUCUCUUAAAAGAACAUCAUAUUCCUUAAGUUCUUUAAUAUUCAAAUCUCUAAAAUAGUUAGUUAUCAUAGUAUUAAUAAUAACUACAAUAGUAAUAAUAAAAUACUUUCUAAUAAUAAACAUUUUAUUAAUAGUAACCUAUAUAGAUUUAAUAAUUAUAAUAAUCCUAAGUUUCAUAAUAAUCAAAUACAAGGUAAAGUGAUCAUUAAUCUCAUAAUACAAAUUAAACAUUUGCUUAACCUUAAUCUAGUUAAAAGUAUUUAAUUUAACCAUAAAAAUCACCAAAUAAUAAAUCAAGAUCUCCAAAUAAAUCAUCACCAAAAUUUAAAUAUUAAUAGAAGCAAAAUUAUAAGAAAAAUUUAGAAACAGUAUAGGAAGAGAGUUUUACAUUAGUAAAACAUUAAAGUAGCCAUUCAGCUUCAUCUAAAGGACGAGGAUCUUUUAGAUAAUAGAAAACUUAAUAAAAUAAUAAUUAAGCUGUAUCUAAAAUAAAAGCUUUGUUGGAUUAGGAUAAGAAAAUAUAUAAGUAAAAUUAAAUAGAUGUAACAAGUGAGAGAAGAUCUUUUAUUAAUUCAUCUAAUAAAAUGAAGAAUAUUUCAGAUGAUUAUUAAGAGGAGAAUAGUUAAGUAAAAAAUUAAGAACUAAAUGAUUCAAUAAAUAAAAGAACAUUUUAAAAUAAUAGUUUUUAUAAAUAAUAAUAGAAUAAUCAAAUUUCACCAUUAUAAGAUUCAGAAUAAAAAUCUUAGAGUUUAAAUCCAUUAAAUUAAUUUUAAGGAUCAGUGUCAAUGACAAAUUCAAAUGGAGUUAGCAAUUUUAUAGUGAGUCCUUAAAUAUAGGAUAAUAGAUUAAUUUAUAGUAAAUAUAAAUAAUAGAUGGUUAAUCAAUAUUCUCCUAAAUUAAAAUAUUAAUUAAGACCAUAAAGUAUGGGUAAAUAAUAAGAGAGUGAUUUUAAAAGAUCUAAUGAUUUCAAUAGAAGUUCAGUUAGUAGUACAUUUUCAAUGUUUAAUCCAAACGAAGAGUUAAAAACAUUUUUUUAGAAUGAUUUUUUAGAGAGAAAACGAUAUAUUCCUUAAGGAUAUAAUGAUAUGACAAAAUAAGUAUAUAAUUUAAUAAUAAUAUAGUCUUCUUUAAAUUCUUCUCAAGAUCAUUAAAGUAAGUAUAUAAGUGCAAGUCAAAUAGAAGAACAACAAAAUUAGAGUAAGAACAUAUAUAGUCCAUAAUAAUAUUAAAAUAUUGAUAAGUCUAAUGUGUUCAAUAAUAAUAGGCUUAGCGUUACUAGAAUACUAAAUAAUUCAUAAAUAUGA